AUGACCGCCCCUACCUCGCACUGCCGCCGCGCUCUUCAACGCCAGAUAGCGCCGUGCAGAGAUGCGGUGUGGAUCACAGACGGCUUGCUAGCCAGUGCAUUUGAACGCUACUGCCGCGUCUCCAAAACAUGGAACAGGAAAGCCAGCAAUGUCCCGGGGCCACUCGAGGGCCAACGCCGACUUGGACGCCGACGGAUGGGAGACGCCAGCACCUGGUAUUGUCCGCCAACUCCGCCAUCCUGGGCUUUCUUGACACCCCCGGACCUCUCUCGAUGGACCUGGAAGCCGCCGUCAUCAUCCCAAGAACAGACCGGACUGCGAGAGGACCAUAACACUCCCGCCGAGUUCCUGUCGCUGUUGCCUCGAUGGCUGCGAGAUUCGGUGCAUCAAGAGGCUGGCAUGGACCAGACAAGCGCGGCAUCGGCUGAUGCGAGCCCAUCGCCGGCUACCAUGACACCGGCCGACCCUUACGCAGCCCUCAUGGACGGCUUCCGCUGGGCGGCUACGCAUGCCGACGAUGAUGCUUUCGCGUCACACGCCAACAAGAUGUGCAGCAGACUCCGGCAACGCAUAAUUCUGGGGCAGACAUCACCAAAUGACAUACUUCUGCUGGCGUCCGAAGUAUGGAGUACUCUGGAGUCGCGGCUGCAGGGGUCACAGCGUGGCCAGCGUCUCUCACUGUCAUUAUGCAGAACUAUUCUGAGCGGUCUCACCACUUCCAAGGUGCUUCCACCCAGUUUGAUGGAUUCGCGGUUUUGGGAUACUCUGCUCCGUCAGAUGUCCAAACUACCCCACGAUGACGCUCUUUGUAACCUUUUCGUCAAAGUUAUGAGAGCUAUGCCCAUGGACCAUCGGUCCCUCGUCUCAGAGGGGAUUCUGUCGGUUCUGACGUGCUUCUUCUGCGCCUGGAAUCGCUCAUCCUCAACCCCCGAAGGUCGUGAGAUUAGGCGGCUGCUGGACAUUGGCAUUCUCGGAGAGCUAUAUGAAAAACAGCAGAAAUUGUCCGCCCUGCCAGCAAGCCUGCGGCAGGCUAGGGCGAUAUCGGAGGUGCUCUAUUGCGGUACUCCGGAAGAGACGAAGGGUUUGGUGUCGGCCGUCCACCGGCUCGUUUUCAACGAGACGGCUGCCUCUGCAGAAGGCGGGCGAAUGUUGCGAUACAGCUGGCUUUAUGUGUUGGCUAACAUGCCCCACGUCAAUGAGGACUUUCUAUUUGACGCUGCCGCCUCCCUUUCUGAACCAGCGCUAAUGCCGCCCUUAUCGGUCGUUGAGGUGUCCUCGUUGUUAUUGACACAGUGGGCGAGCCGAGGGUAUUUGCGAUCCCCUACGGACGUCUAUCGUUCUUAUAGACGACAUCUAGGAAGGCGGGACGACGCAGCUCUCUCAUCGUUGUUCCUGGCGCUCUUCUCCCGCGGCAACAACGAGACCCGGAAGGGUCUCUACCGAAGCGCCUGGAAAUUCUUGGGCAAGCUGAACCGAACCGACUACGUGAUCCGCUCGCUAGCCUUCGACUCACAGACCGGCAAGCUCCCAGUGCGGAUGCUCGAAGAUCUAGCGUGCACGUCCGAUGACCACUACACGGCGAUCCGCCUCCACGACCUCUGGUCGCGCCACAUCAGGACCAAAGACCAACCACAGUGGUACCCGGGCGUCUUCGACAAGUACGCCGAAGCCAUUGUCCGUGACCCGCGCAUCCCCGCCAAAACGAUCUGGCGUGUGCUGGACAUUGGCAAGCUCGAGAGCCAGCAGAGCACGUUGGGGAACAAGAUGCGGCGCCACCGCGGCGCGUUCGGCCAGCGCCGGGCCGCGGUCGUGGAGAAGAUGUCUAAGGCGUUCAUGGACGCGCCUCAUCUGUCGAACCGGGCCGCCGUUCGCCACGUUUCGCGGUCGUUUGCCUUCCUCAAGGCCGUCCGCGGCAAGGUGCCCGACUUCAUCCUCCAGGACUUAUACCGCCUCGUGACGAGGGACCUGUGGGAGGAGAAGCCCGGGCGGACGCAGCGGCUGCUGUGGUUCUUGAGGAUCCUUGAACGCAGACACGGCCUUGAGUUUGCCUGGUCAUGUCGGCUUGCGCUCCGGCGCUGGAGGGCGAGGCUGACCAAGAUCUGGCUGAGCAAGGGCAAUGGCUGGCAAGGGUGA